AUGCCUGUCACCAACGAAGAAAUCGCCACGCGCCCUGUGGCUGCCUCGGCGUCUUACUACUCUACCUUUGACAAAGGCUACCUCGCUCUUUCGCCCGCAAAGAAAUAUAUCUCGUCCUCAUCUGCAUGGACGCGCGAAUGGACCCUGCUAGAGCCUUCGGGAUCGAAACAGGCCGGCGCAUCAAGCAAAGACGCUCUCCGUAGUAUCGUCAUCAGCCAGCAGCUCCUGGCCACAGAAGCCAUUGUCAUCGUCAAGCAUACCGGAUGCGGCAUGUUGACGUUUGAGAAUGAGGAUGCUUAUGGGGUUGUCGAGAGGAAUCUUGGUGCUGAAGCACGAAGGGAGCUUGAGGAAAAAAGUUGGAUUUCCUCCCUUUCCCUGAGCUAAAGCAGGCUAUUCAGGACGAUGUCAAGUUCCUGAGGGGGACCAAGUUAGUGAAGGAUGAGAUUUCUAUCAGUGGAUGGGCGUAUGAGGUCGAGACGGGGAAGACGGUCAGAGUUGUUUAAUUUGCGAGCGGACGGUAACGCUGUUUGCUUUGGAAAUGGACGAUGAUAUUGGACACACGUUGCAGCGUUAAGCAAACGUUAACUUGAAUGAAAAUGAAAAUCGUGUCUAUGACUGUGCCACGGCCUAGCCUAAACG